AUGGAAGGCCCGAGCGUACGGCGCGUAGCGUUCCGCGCGCGCCUCAAAGAGCCAAUAGACCACCACAGACGGGGCCCUAAAGGGCUGAUGUUCAGCCGGGGUUGCGGGGUAAGCGCAAUGAGGUACCGCGACCUCGGCACAGAGCAGGAGAAGGAACAGGGGGGAGAUAUAACGACCACACGAUUGCCGUCAAAUUUUACGGGGAAUCAGGAAAUAAGUGAAAAGAAAUUUGAGUCUUCAAAAAAAGUGGAAGAUGGUGAACGUAGUGUGUACCUGGAUGAUGUGAUCUUUGCAAUGAAGAAUCAGAACUGGAGUUCAGAAGAAAAGCCGUGUUUGGAUCACAUCUACCGCUUGCUUUCUGGCUUGCAAAAUUUUACUCUUUGGGCUGUUUGGGAAUGGGACGCUCAAGCAUCGGAACCACAAGGUCUUUUAUUUGGUAACCGCUACCAACUUGGUAAUUUCGACCAGUGCAUGAACGCACCCUGGUCGAAGACCCAUCCGGAGCUAAAGACCAAAUACUGCCUUGCUGAGAUACGCCUGGAAAGAACGGAUAAGGCGGUGAGAAGACGAGUAGACCGACCUACGUAUCCCUAUCAAUCUGCAUUGGAUUAUAUUGAGUACCAUGUACCCCACUCUCGUCCCCUGAACGAGCUGACAUGGGGUGCCUGUGUCCCUUCAUCAUGCGAGCCAAGGACUGUGGAACGACUACUCGGCAUAAUGCUAGCUCGCAGCCAUCUUGGUGCUGCCGGCAUCAAAGCCGACAUCAGUGUCGACGAACCCUGUCAAAGCGCUGAAGAUGAACUGGAAUAUGAUGCAUUGUUCUAUGCGUUUUUCGUCGCCAUGGGCUCAGUUACGACAAUUGUUCUGGUUUGCACAUACUUGAACUACCGGAGAAGAAAAUUAGACUCAUCAGUAGACUCAGAUUCCAGAGAACCUGACUUCAUAAACGCAUUCUGUUUAAGAGAGAACGCUUUAGAUCUUCUUCGAAUGAAGAAGGAAGGAGUGGAAGUUUUCUACGGCAUCCGAUUCCUUACAAUCUGUCUGAUAGUGAUGGAUCAUCAGAUCGGAAUAUAUAACGCUGGACCUAUUAGUGAUGGGCUUAGUUCUGAUGAGGAGGUAAAUAAAACAACGUUGGGCAUGCUGAUACUCCACGACGAUCUUUUUGUGGACACCUUCUUUCUAUUAUCUGGGUUCCUAACUAUCACGAACUUGGUGAAACUUAAUAGACUUCCAAAUCCACUGUUUUUUAUUCUGAAGAGAUAUGUAAGAUUGGUGGUGGCUCUAGCAGUGGUCAUUUUCUACAUCUGUGCUGUGCACCCUUACACCGGGACUGGACCACUAUGGAACAGGGCCAUCGCAUACGACACAUCGCAUUGCCGCAAGAACUGGUGGCUGAACCUCCUCAUGCUCAACAAUUACAUCGACCCGGAGAGUCUUUGCAUAAUACCGUCAUGGUACAUUCCCUGUGACUUCCAUUUCUUCGUUGUGACCAUCCUGGUGUACUGCAUCUACCGAACAUGGCCGAAGUUAGGGAUCACCAUUGCAGCCCUAUUGACGGCAGCAUCUCUCAUAGUACCAGGCGUAGUCAACUAUAUUAACGAACUGUCUGCAGUUCAACUCUUCACCUUUGAUUUCAUUAUGAACCCUCGUGGCAGUAAGGACUUCAAGUUGACUUACAUCCCGAGCCACACACGAUUCGCCUCUUACCUGGUCGGCUUUUACACCGGGUAUGUGUUUGUCAAGUACAGCAGUAAAGGAAAUUUGGACAAGAUGAGUAAGAAAUGGUCGGUUCUUGGCGCAAUCGCUGCUUUAACGCUAAUGUUGGUGGUGAUGGUACUUGGUAGCUCGUACCUUUGGCGCAGUUAUCAUCCGCUAGAGGGCGCCGUGUACGCUGCACUGAACAGACCGGCCUGGGCUCUCGGUGUAGGGCUGCUAGUACUGUGCUGCUCACUUGGACAUGUCCCACUUAUAAAAUCAUUCCUGAGCUGGUACCCCUGGGUGCCUCUAAGCAGACUCUCCUACGGCCUGUUCCUGACACACGCAAUGCUGAUCGCAAGGAACGUCUUCAUCACAAGAAACCCUCAGCAUAAUGAUUACUUCGAAAUCCUGAAUACAACAAUAGGAGUGAUUUUCUUCGGAUGCCUCGCUGCGCUUGUAAUCUUCUUGCUGGCCGAGGCUCCCGCCAACAAUUUAUUGAGUUUGUGCUUGAAAUCUAAGGUGAAAAAGAUGACAGAUCAAGAAUCGAACCCUGAACCUUUGAGCACUACGACAAGCAUGAGCACUGUGCCAACUGGCAGUGGAUAUUUAAGCGACAACUUACCAGAGACAAUACAGUACUCUUCGAAGAUAUGA